AUGUUUACUAGUUAUCCAAGUAUAUUUCAGAAGUUUGAAGAAUGGAUGCCAAGUAUUUUCAAAGUUUUCGAAACUUAUAUUUUUCAUUUCAAUUUAGACUUAACAAAUGUCGGAUUUACUAAGAAAGAACCUCUUACAGUCGAAUCAAAUACAGUUUGGUUCACUCCGUCAGGAACUUUUGGCGAAUAUAUUCCAAUAGAUUUAGAACCUCAACAAAUCAAAGCAGAACCGCAUACAAACCUCUUAUUUACAUCAUUUACAUCGGUUGUCAUGUGUAUCAACUCCAUAUUCAACAUAGUUCUCAAUUAUGUCGGAAAUAAAAUUUCAUAUCAAGACACAGCAGUCGAAAGGAACUUCCUAGCUAUCAUAUUACAAACCGACCAGUUCUCCCAUUUACUUAUCCAGACAAAUGUCAUUGAAAUAUUGUUCAAUCCCAACGUAUUUCAAAGAGAAGCUUUUAUUUACAAAAAUUCAAUACAAUACUGUGUCAUUUGUGAGUCAUUUACCUUACUAACGCAGAUAAUCAGUAGACAUCCACCGAAUAUAUCGAGUUUGCUUGGAGAUUUGUUCAGCAGAAUUAUUUUGUACGGAGAUCCAGUUGUUUACAGAUUUAUUGUAUCAUACAUCAUUAAUCUGAUCCAAGACAAGGUCAAUUUCAAGUUCUUUACCUCUUCCGUCCUUUACGACGCCUUAAUUAAAAUUGAUGCAAAAUUUAGAACGGUUAUUUUACAAAAUCCAGAAAAAGAGGACAUAAACAAAUACAAAAAUGCCAGAGCAACACUCUUAUAUAUGUUAAAAGUAUGUUUAACAGGCAGUUUUGCCAAUACUUUGUUCUUUUGCAAUCAACAAAGGACACUUUUCUUUUUCGACCUCAUUUUCGAACAGGACACAAGGAAUUUCGCAAUAGAAGCCAUCCAUUCCAGUUUGGUCAGUUCGAAAACUCCUUUUUCUUUGAUAAACUCUUUCAAAGAAUGGAUUUUGUCACUUUCCCAAAAAAUUGACGACCAAAAACUUUCAGAAGCCAUUGUUAUAUUAUUAGUACACAUUGCAAGUGCAUCAUCACAAAACCCAGAUAAUAUUGUUACUGCUGUUAUUCAGAGUGAUUUAGACAAAGCAAUUUGUUGUUUAAUUUCUCUUUCAAACGAUGAAAAACUUUGUACAAGAUUUUUAUUAUCUGUUUGUGAUUUUUUGAUAUUGUUAUGUAAUGAUUCUUUCAAAUACAUUAGUAGAAUAUCACAGGAUGGUUUCUUUGAUAUUUUUGUUGAAAACAAAAACAAAUUUUCGUUGAAUAUCAAUGUUUGGAAUGCUUUGUUUUCUGUUUUGGUUUGUAAAAAGAUAGAAAUGAAGUCAAGUACAAUAGAAUGUGAACAAAUCGUUGUGAAAUCAAUGAUACCUUGUAUCUACAAACUGGCAAUGGAUACAAGUUAUUCAAGUGAAGUGAUUCAAGCACUUUACAGCCUCUCAAAAUUUUCAAUAGGAAAUCAAUAUCAAUUUUUCAAGUCAAACAUCAUAUGUGAUAUGAUUGAUUAUAUCCAUGAUAAUUAUACAAUUGAAAUGAUUGAAACUCCUUUCCUUUCCCAUAUUUCGACUUCAUUUUUCCACAAAAAUGAACUGUCAAAACUUCUCCAAACAAUUGUAAAACCUCCAAUGAGUGCUUCAAGGUUUUUCGUCACUUUGAUCAAUCUAAUAUUCGAUCAACAGAACAAGAGUGACAGAUCAACGACUUUCUUCCAUGUGACAGGUCCAAAAAGAAACUUUGAAAAAAUUUUUGACUUAGAAAGCGAAGUGAAAAUUUAUGUUUCACUUAGAAACAACAGAUCAAAUGGAAGCAUCAUUUCAUUGAGUGAUGCAGAAUCAAACAUCAAAGUUGUCUAUUUCAACAAGAAAUUUUUGAUACAAGGUUUAAAUUUGAAUGAAGAAAUUAACUUCGAAUUAUUUAACCAAAUUUUGUAUCAUAUCAUUUUCAGAGUUACAGAUUCAAAAGUCACUUUGGAGAUAAACAAAACAAAACUCUUUGAUAAAACAAUAAAUCAUGGUUUGAAUGGAAAAGUGACAUGUCAUAUCGGCGGAAUAAUUUGUGACUUAGAAACAAUUAUGAUAUUUGCUGAUAAUAAUGCAUCAAAAUACUCAGCGAGUUUAACAAAUGAUUAUCAAUGCAUUGACGUAAAUUCAGGAAAAGUUGAUGCCAUAUUUAAAGGUUUAAUUAUUCCUUACACUCCAACAUUAACAAGUACAUUUGUUAAUUGUGGUGGUCCGAUGUUGAUUUUGCCUGUUUUUGAAGCAACACCAAAUGCUCCUAAACCAAAUGAAUUCCUUGCAAGUUGUAUUGAUUUGUUUAUACAAAUGACAAAUCGUAUGCAGAAUUACUUCAUUCACCAGAAACUGUUUAGAUCAUUAAAUGCAGUUUUUAGAAGAUUAAGUCCAGAAUAUUUCGAUUCUCAUAAUGUUUCGAAAUUAGUUGCUCUUUAUAAUUGUUUCACUCAACCAAAAAUAAGAAAAGAAAUUGAGGAGUUCUUGUUUGGUGAUCCCGCUUUAUUCCAAUACUGGGUUCGCAUGCCAAGAUACAGAUUUAACAUGGAAAACCCUUAUUCUGAAUUUUUGAUCGGAGGUUUACAAACGUACAAAAACUUUCCGCUUCAGAAUUUUUCUGAGAGAUUUUUCAAUUCAUUGAAAACAAUUGAGAGAGAACCGUUUUCUUUCAAUGAUGCAUCAACAUUAGUUUUAAUGAUAAAUGAAUGCGAAUCAAUCGAAUUCAUUAAAAUAUUAUUGACUUUGUUCAAGAAAAUGGUUAAUGAAAGAUCUACUGAUAUUUUGUCAAUUUUGAGUCAGUAUCAUUUCUUUUCUCCUUUUGUUCGAUUCUUUAAAUACGAAUAUCUCGAAGAACUGAGUUUGCAAUGCAUUAUUCGUGUUGAAAAACUUUGUUCUAAAUCCGAAAAUAUUCAUUUAUUGAGUGCGAUGCAAACAAUUGCAAAAAUCAUCAAUGAACCAAUAGAAUCAUUAUUUGAUACUUUGAUUUCAAGGAUAUCAGAAGAUAGUCCAUGUUUCCCUUAUUUACCAUUGAUUUGCAAGUUAAUUGAAUUUGUUGAUAGAACAAAACAAAAAGCAGCUUUGUUUAUUAUUAGAAAAUUCUAUGAAAAGUUUGAGAAACCAUUCAGUGGAUGGAUUACUUACAUGUUCUUUUUGGCACAGUUAGAUCAAGAAGAAAGUCAUCUUUGGAUGCCGAUUUUAGCAAGAAUUAUUGCGAAGAACAUCAAAUUAUUAUCAACUUUGUUGUUGUUUUUCGAUAUAACUUGUUCUAUUUCUAAUUUGGAUUAUAUGAAGUGUUUCACGAGUUUGACAAAUGAAUUAUCAAAGAGCACAUUAAGUUAUCAUGCAGCUGAUAAAGAUAGUUUGAUUUGUUUAAUGAGAUGGGUUAUUUUCAAGUUCAAAAUCAACUUCGAAAAUCCUCAUUGUUUCUCUUCUUUCGACCAAUUCAUUGCUGUCAUCAAAAGUGUCGAAAUUACUUUCAAUAAUGAUGACAUUUUUAAUGUCGAUCAAUCUAAAUUUACUGACUUUUGUGUGUCACUUUUGAAAGCGACCACUUAUGGCGGCGGUUUGACAUUUAAUAACAUUGAAUUAAGGACAUUGUAUAUUUCGAUGUUUAAGUCGAUAAUGAAUGUAAAUAAUGACUUAGCGAUAGAUAUUGCUGAUUACAUGGCAUUAGUUGCAAACAAUUCAAGUAAUUCGAGUAAUUUCAGAAUUCCUGCUGUUUUGGUUUCGAAAAUUUCUGGUGAAUUGACUGAAAAAUACAAUGGAUUGACUGAUUUAAUUAAAAAGCUUGAUGAUGGGCAAGAAAUAGACAUUUCUCAUGAUAAAGAUUACGUUUCUAAACUCAAUGAUGAAUUGUCUAAACAAAACAUACAAAACAUCAAUGAAAUGAUUGAUGUAAGUAUUAAAAGUGAUGCCCAACUCCAAGAAGAAGAAGAACUUUACAGAUUGGCAGCGAAACUGAUUCUUCCUAUUUACGACAAAAUCAAAUCAACAAUGAAAAGAAAACACGCUGAAUCAGAUUUGGCUUUGUCAAGGAAUAUGAUGAUGAUUAAAGGAGGAACAGUUUCAUUUUGGAGAAAUGGAAUUGAAGAUGUUCAUUAUGGAUUGUCUGAUAACAUUGAUUCAUUUGGAAGACACGCGAGAAUCAAGACAAUUAAACAUUUCAAAGAUCAUGCUGAUGAAAUUUAUGAAAAAUCAAUUCAUGAUGAUGAAAAAGUCAAGGAAACAAAGAAGAAAUUAAUCGCUAUUGAUAAAGAUAUUCUCAAAGCGAAACUUGAAGAAUUCGAUGAAUCAUUUAUCUGUUCAAGUGUUACUCCAAAAGGAGUUUCUCAAGGAACAAUUUUCGUUCUUAAAAAAUCAGUGAUUUUCGAAGGCGAAAAAAUGAUUCCAAUGAUGGGUUCGCAAUCCUACAACAGACCUAAAUUUGUUGAGAUCUUUUUGGCAGAAGUCGGACAUAUCCUUUGGAGAAGAUAUCAAAUGGUCGAUUCUGCUUUGGAAAUGUUCACAAAAAGUGGACAGACACUUUUUAUUAUUUUCCAAGAUUUCAAACAAAGAAAUUCUUUCUUGGAUGCAAUAACUAAAGCAGGACUUCCUUCUGCAAUUGUUGUUCAAAGGAAAGAAAAAAUGGAUAUUUCGAAAUUGACGAAACUUUGGCAAGAAAGAGUUAUUUCAAAUUACGAAUACAUUUAUUGGUUGAAUAUGUAUUCCGGAAGAUCUUUCUCUGAUAUAACUCAAUAUCCAAUAUUCCCAUGGGUCAUCAAAGACUAUCAAAUUGAAAAACUCGAUCUAAAUGACGAAAAUAUUUACAGAGAUUUCGGAAAAAUGGUUGGAGAAUUCAAUCAAGAAAGAUUAGAGAGAUUAAUCGACAACCAAAAAGAUUUCUCAGAUGAUUUCAGUCCUUUCUACGUCCAGUGCUGCUCGAAUCCUGGUUUUGUCGUCAAUUUCUUGUUGAGAAUUGAACCUUUCACAACUUUGGCAAUCAAUUUACAAAGUGGCCAUUUUGAUAAUACAAACCGUAUUUUCAAUUCAAUUUUGACGGUUUGGAGAAACGUGACAGGAACAAUUAGUGAUUUCCGAGAACUUAUUCCUGAGUUCUUUACGACGCACAUUGCAUUUGAGAACUUAUGUCAUUACCAAUUUGGUAAAACAGAUGAUGGAGUUGCUGUAAAUGACGUAAUUUUGCCACCAUGGGCAAAAAGUGCUUUUCAAUUUGUGAGAUUAAACAGAUUGGCCUUGGAAAGUCCUUAUGUAUCGAACAACAUAAACAAAUGGAUUGAUCUGAUGUUCGGAUACUUGAGAAUGAAUUUCGACAUUCAUAACGUAUUUCCACAAUAUUCUUAUCCAGAGAAAUGCGACGUAAAUGAUGAAUUAAUGAUUGCAAACGCCAUGAAUUUCGGAAUGAUGCCUUCGAAAUUGUUCGAUGAACCUCAUCCGAAAAGAUUUAUGAGUGACAUUUUCUGCCAAUCCCUUUCUUUGUGCGAAAAACUGAAUGUAACAAUAGAAAACGUUGAUUGUAACAUACAAAAUGUUACAGCAAUGGGUUAUGAUAAUAACAUCGUAAUGACUAUUGACAUUCAUGGUAAAAUCACUUCGUUUUUGUCAUCGAAUCCAAGUCAAAUUCAAACAGCAGCUGUUAGUGGAUUCUUUGGCCAGUAUUCCGAAUUUGGAAAGCACGUUUGUUUCAAUUUACCAGGAGGAACAGUUCUCUACACUACUUCAUGGAGAACUGACUUCAAUGUCUAUAAUUAUCAAUCGAAACACAAAACAGAAGGAAUCCAGAACAAUUUCAUGAUACCUUGUUUACAUUCUGAUGGUGAUUACAUCAUUGUUGGAUCUGUCGAUUCAACAGUUACUUUGAUUAACAAUAAUGAUAUUUCUUAUAUUGUUGGUCAUUCUGCUCCAAUUGUUGACGCUGUUGUUUCCCAAAGAUGUGGAUUAAUCGCAUCAAUUGAUAGUCACAACAAACUUUUAUUGUCGAAUUUGAAUUGUUCACCAAUUGCUACUACAAAUGUAACAGUUGGUCAGGCGAAGAAAGUUUUGAUUUCGGAAUUAGGUUGUGUUGUUGUUAUUGGUUAUUGCAACAAUAUGACAUUGAUUGAAGUUUAUACUGAAGAAUGCAGGUUCAUUUGCAGAACGAGUAUUAUUAAUUCUAUGCCUUUAAGCUGCUGCAUUGGUGAAACUCAUGACUGCGGCAGUUUCUUGUUUAUUUGCGGUUCACAAAGAAAUGUCAGCAUUUACAGGAUUUUCGAUUUAACUCUUGUUUACUCAUCUCAACUCGAUGCGAAAGUUAAGUUUAUCGACUUCUCGAAAUUGGACAACAAAGCUUGUCUAAUUCUUGAGAAUGAUGAGAUCAAGAUGUUGACAUUAAGUGUUUGA